CCCGGGCCCCGCGCAGCCGCACUAGGGAGGGGGCGGGGCUUCCCCUACACGCCGUGCGCCGGCGCCGGCUUCCUCUGCUGUGGGGUUGUGCGCAGUUUCUGCCCCACGGCCUCCCAGAGGUGACCUUGAGCUGACUGAAGAGCUGUCCGCUGGGCGGGCGUCUGGAGGGCCACCUUCCCUUAUGUUCGUUUCCUCCUCGGAUAGAGAACUGGCCAUUUUUGCCUCUCAUCGGCCGCCGUAUCGGCCUUUCAGGACUUGGAUUCCACUGGAGUCCGACUGCCCGGCCAUUUAACCUCGGGACUUACGGGGAGGAAUUUUAUGUUUUGGUUUGUUUGGUUGUUGUUGUUGUUUAACCCCACAUAUGCACUCUAGAUGUCAGUGGAGCCACGCCCCUCCCCCCUGCGCUUGAAAUCCUGGGAACGAGGCAGCCCGAUGGCGGUCACGUGACGCCGGCGUCCGGCGUGUCCUCGCCGGGCAACCGUCCUGGAGACCGACACUGCUGGCUGCAAGAUGGACAUCAUCUACCCGCUGGCGGUGCCCAAGGGGCGCCGGCUCUGCUGCGAGGUGUGCGAAGCCCCGGCCGAGCGGGUGUGCACGGCCUGCACGGUCACUUACUACUGUGGUGUGGUUCAUCAAAGAGCUGACUGGAACAGCAUCCAUGAGAAGAUAUGUCAGCUGCUGAUUCCGCUGCGCACUUCCAUGCCCUUCUACAACUCAGAGGAGGAGCGGCGGCACGGCCUCCAGCAGCUGCAGCAGCGGCAGAAGCAUUUGAUUGAAUUCUGCUACACCGUAGCCCAGAAAUACCUCUUUGAAGGAAAACAUGCAGCUGCUGUUCCCGCAGCUUUGCACUCACUUCGCUUCCGCAUGAAUGUGCAUGGCCUGAGUUCCGUAGAGCUUGUCCCUGCUUACCUGCUGUUGGCCGAGGCAAGCCUUGGUCUGGGCCACAUUGUCCAAGCUGAGGAGUAUCUAUCCCAAGCCCAGUGGACAGUCCUCAAAUCAACUGAAUGUUGUUCUGCCACCCACUCUUUACUGCAUCGGAACCUGGGACUUCUCUAUAUAGCUAAAGAAAACUAUGAAGAAGCCCGUUAUCAUCUGGCCAAUGAUAUUUAUUUUGCCAGUUGUGCAUUUGGAACAGAGGACAUCAGGACCUCAGGGGGCUACUUCCACCUGGCUAAUAUCUUCUAUGGCCUUAAAAAGUUGGACCUGGCAGACACCUUGUACACCAAGGUCUCUGAGAUCUGGAGUAAAUACUUGAACGAUCGCUACCAGGUGCUCUCGCGGGUUCGCAUCCAGCAGAUAGACUUACUGGGCAAACGAUUUGAGACCGACACUGGCCUGGAUGAAGCCCAGGAAGCAGAAGCCAUUCAGAUCCUGACUUCAAUCUGGAACAUUCGAGAAUCUACAUCUGACACAGCCCCCCAAAAAACGGUCUUUGUUCUGAAAACCCUGUUCAUGCUUUACUACCUGAUGAUGAAUUCUUCAAAGGCACGAGAAUAUGCCACGAGAGCCUUCAGUCUGGCCAAAGAACAGAAUCUCAGUGUCCACGAACAGGACGCCAUUGAAGAGUUACUAAGUCUUAUCUCAACUGAGGAAGCUCAUCCCAUUACUUAGUGACCCAUGAUCUCAGCACCAGGGGGCUGUUCAAGGGGCUACUGAACAUCUAAAAUAUACCAGUUUGCACAACUGCUUUGAGGUAUCACGACUUGCUCACACCCACCCCCCUGCCCUUUUCCCCUGGGCCUGCCCACAUAGCCAUGUUUUUAUUCUUACACAGAAUAUGUGAGGAAAUGUAGUACUUUAGGCAUAGAAAUCAGUAAAAGUGAUCUUUAUCAUGACCUUUGUACUUGGCUUCCUAUGACUUUGUACGACUUUGAGUAAUGUGCUCUCAGCUCAUUAAUAUGGUACUUGGAAUUAAACCACAAACAGUUUAUGUUUACCAGAAGCCAUCCAGGUCUUUGCCACAGAAGGGUGUGGGAGAUACAGGUAUAUUAGACCAAAGUUUUCCCAUUCUGCUGGAAUUAAGUUAGCAUUAAUGUGAGGUAGAUUGUGGUUUAAAUGUCCAUUGUAGUUCCUAAAGCAAUCACCAAGAAAAUUACUCUGCAAAAUAGUUACAAAGUGACAAAUAAAUUAAAAUGGUGCACUAGGGGUGCCUGGGUGGCUCAGUUGGUUAAGUGGCUGCCUUAGGCUCAGGUCAUGAUCCAGGGUACUGGGAUGGAGUCCUGCAUUAGGCUCCCUGCUCAGCAGGGAGUGUUUCUCCCUCUGCCUCUGCCUCUGCUCUUGCUCUCUCUCUUUCUCUCUCUAACAAAUAAA